UUUUCUUCCUUUCACUAUGCCACCAUAUAUGCUCGCAUUUAGAUGAAAAGACAGUGCAGAGAAUGACGACUGCUGCGCACUUGAAAUCAGAAAAUUUGAAGACUUCCUUACACGAUCGCACCCCUUUUUACUGUGAGGAGAAUGUAUACUUGCUUUGCAAAAAAUUAUGCUCUAAUGGUAUAGCAGAUGCCCAGGGAUCUGAUCUUUUUGUCGUAUUCAUUUCCAAUGAAAAGAAACAGAUCCCACUGUGGCAUCAGAAGGCUAGUCAGAGAGCUGAUGGGAUAGUCCUGUGGGAUUAUCAUGUCAUAUGUGUUCAGAGGAAAAAAGGUCACGAGACUCCUCAUUUAGUGUGGGAUUUGGAUUCAAGCCUUCCUUUUCCUUCUCCAUUAACCUCCUAUGUCUCUGAAGCUAUCCGGCCAUCAUUUCAGCUGUUUUCUGAGUAUGAGAGGUUUUUCAGGAUUGUGCAUGCUCCAGUGUUCCUUCGUUGCUUUGCAUCUGAUAGGAGACAUAUGAAAGAUUCUAACGGGAACUGGAGUAAACAACCUCCUGGAUAUGAACCCAUUGUUGCUGAAGAUGGAACAACGCACAACCUAAAUGAGUAUAUUGACAUGAAAACUUCGGAUGGAUUGCAAAACGUUGGAACCGAUUCCAUUGAUGCAGUUUUUACGCAGAAACUUGGUGUUGUGAUUGCUGGAAAUCAGCUGGAGGAAUUCUUUUCCCAAAUUUCUUGAUAUGUAUAGUUAAUAGCCUUUGGGCUAUCAUUCACACCUGUUUUUUGUGGGUUAUCAUUCACUUACCGAUGAUGGUCUCUGGGAUACAGGAACCACUUGUCUAAUCUAUGGUUUGGUUUGGUUUGUCUGUA